UAUGUCACUGGCUACAUCACUUUUGGAUCAGUUUUAGAACUUGGUGUAACAAAAAAUCGCAGAACAUGUACUAAGAAAAUGUCUAAAUUUCUUAGUUUAAGUAUUGGACUUUUAUUAUCAUUGUUUUGUCAGGUAAGAUGUGCAAAAGUAAGGUAUCAACUGCUGUCAAUGCGAAUAGACAAUGUAAUUCGUGAAAACAAUAAUCUAAAAUCUGAGCUUAAGGACACUAAGGCAGUUGUUGAUAGACUCGAGAACAAAAUCAAAAGUAUGGAAGUGAAUAUCUCACUUAUGGCAAGUAAAGCGGCAAGAUAUGAAGAAGAAAAUUCAGAAACUCUGUUAAAUGAAAAGAUCCAUACUUUUGAAAACAUAUCUGCGUCUCAAUUUGAAAAGAAAUUUAAGACAGAAGCAAUAGUAUUGCGGAAAAUGCUAGUUAACGAGAAGUCACACAUGAGAGACACAAUAAGAGAAUUUGAACAAAAAUUUAAAAGAUUUAAAAGAAAAACAAAAAAGAGUUCAAAAAAACUCAUAGAUAAUUUAAGUUCAAUGGAUACCACUGUUGAAAGUUUAGAAAAUUCAAUUUCCAAACAAAACAUAACAGCAAUCACUAUGCUAGUAGCAGUAGAGGACAGACUCAAAAGUCAGUUAAAGGACACAGACCUACUCAGACAAGACAUGAGUGUAGACUUUAAGAGAAAAUUUCGAUCAGUCUCGUCAAAGCAAGACAGACUUGAAGACACAUUUUCUGGUCAAAUCAGGGCUUUAAGCCAAAGAACAUCCGAACAAAACAUAACAGCAAUGACUACGCUAGAAGCAGUAAGUCGUCUAACCACUGCCGAGUUGAAUCUGCAAAGUACAUACAGAGAUCUAAACAACCGGCUCAAAAGCGCCGAGAGUGAACUUCGAUCAGUCUUGUCAAAGCAAGAGAGACUGGAAGACAUAUGUUCUGGUCAUAUCAGUGCUUCAAGCAGACGAGUCUCUGAAGAGGAAGAAAGAAAGGUUGCAUUUUCAGCUAGGAUGACUAAGCCAGAUAGUUACUAUGGCAAGAACGAACGAUUAGUGUUUGAUUCAGUUAUAUAUAGUCACGGCGGUGGAUACAGCUCCUCAACGGGGAUAUUUACAGCGCCAAAAUCAGGAACUUAUUUGUUUAUUUAUAAUAUAGAGUCAACAGUUGCAGGUAGAGCCGCUGUGGUUUUAAUGAUGAAUGGUAAAACAAAAACUGAAGUUGUAGCAAGAGGCAGCGAAAAUGGAGGAAAUUCAGGGAUUGGUUAUGUUCGGAAAGGUGAAAAGGUUUGGAUAGAGACCUUGCAUUUUGAAAGUAAGUAUUACAUCUCGCAUUACAGGACAACCUUUAAUGGUAUCUUGAUAGACUAAAAAAGUACCAUGAAUUGCCAUAUAAACAUUAUACAGCAUGAUCAAAUGCAAAAUGAUUAUACAUUCCCCCUGACCUACACGUUUAAUUCAAAGCCUAGCGGGAGCUGAUUUUAAUCACAUUGUAAUUAUAGAUUUGAAUUCGAGCUGCAAAGUAUCGGUCAUUGUUUAAUUAUAAGAUUUUUGUUCAAGUUAAAACAUAUGAAAAGCAAAUAGUGUUUCUAUUUAAAUACAAAAAUAUAAAAUAUUGGUUUUGGCCGUCUUGAAUGUGAGCAAAGUAAUUCCUGUUCUAAAAAGAAUUGGUUCACGCAGAAUUAAUUUUAAAUAGUGGUUGAAAUUAUAUUUCAAUAUAAUCGCUCUUUUUGCCAAAUUCUAAUACAUUUUAUAAGCACAAAUUUGUCAUUUAUUUAAUACUGUUCCCGUUAAAUUAACCACACUCGUACUGUUUAAAGAUUUAAAACGUAAUUUCAGCCACUAUGGUUAGUGUUUGUACAAGCAGCUUUAAUUCCAUUUAUCUAUCUCGCAACUGCAUCAUGCCAGGCAGUUUAAUUUUCAUUUAUGCUGUCUUACAAACAAUAACAUAUACUUAGCCAGGAUAUUUAGACAAAUAUAUUGCCGAAUUCAUACAAUCAUUAUAAGGGAUUGAUGUUCAACUGUUUAAAAAAUUGUUCAUGAAUUUUGUAUGUUUUUAUAGAAUUUCAAUUUGCAUAAUUUUAGCUACAUUUAAGUAAAAAUGACAUUUUCACCUACCUUGUCUUUGUUUUCAUUUGCUUAGCUGCUGCCUUAUGAAAUAAACUCACAUCAAAACUGACAUCAAAAUAAUGUUGAUGACUUUUCUUGAAAAGAAGUUAAUUUAUAUGGUAGGUAGCAGUAUACCUCACGUGAUUAAAUUAUGAUAUAUUCUUAUGUGACGUCAGAGAGUAAUUAUGUGUAAAAAAGUAUACCAGCUCUGGCUGGCGUAUUAGCUUUAGCGUCACAAGUCCACAAAAAGACGUGUGUACUGAAGGUUAUAGUGCACUUAUUAUACAGACGCCGGCCAUUUUUUAACAAAUAACUAUUGAUAUUCAAUGGCGUCAGUUGUUCCACUCUCAAUCUUUCGCUAGGCAUUUAGUUUAUUGACUUUGUUUUAUAAGUGAUAAAUAAAAUAUAUUUACAGAAUAAAUGUCUCAUUGCUUUAUAAACCUUUGACUUGCAGCGGUACACGAACUCUUCAACAAAAAAUUAAAAUCAAAUGCAUACAUUUUUGUUAUUUUUAUAUGUUAUGAAAAUCAUGGACUUAUUAUCCGGUCAAUAAAUAGUUUUUGUUGUUCGUUUUUACCUGAAAAAAGUGCUAUAUUGAUUUAAAUUUAUAUAACUUAUAAAAUAGUAUUGUAUGACAAGUAAACAUGACGUUUCGGCUCACGAAGCAUGCUUUACUGUUCUGAGGAAGUAAGAUACGACCCUAUCGGUUAUUGUUCAUUUCAUGUUUACCAAAAUAAAACAAAAUGUGCUUAA